CCACGGAAAGAAGUUUGAGUGCCCCUGAGCGGCGUGACUCCCUCCGCGCCCCUCAGCUGCGCGAUCUCCCACCUUCCGCGCCCCUCGGCGGCGCGACCUCCCUCCCCCGCGCCCCUCCGGGGCGUGAUGUCCCACAUUUCGCGCGCCUCAGCCGCGCGACCUCCCUCCUCCGCGCCCCUCAGCAGCACGAUAUCCCACCUUCCGCUCCCCUCAGCGAUGUGGACUCCCUCCUUCCGCGCCCCUCAGCGGCGCCAUCUCCCACCUUCCGCGCUCCUCAGCGGUGCGGCCUCCAUCCUUCCCCGCCCCUCAGCGGCACGAUCUCCCACCUUCCGCGCGCCUCAGCCGCGCGACCUCCCUCCUUCCCUGCCCCUCAGCGCCGGCAGUGAGAAAUCCCGGGUUCCAGUUCUCCCUCCUUGCCUCCUCUACCGUCUGUCUUACCCUGGAGAUGCUGAUGCGCUCCAAAUAAAAUAAAUCCACCUCUUAGUGGUUCUCGGCCCGUCGCCGGGCCACAAGUCCCAAUUCUAGUCCCGAAAAUGUGGGGCGACACUCCUCAAGCAGUUCCCUGAGGAGACCUGCCAAGGAGAGACCAGAAGAAGGGAUUCGAAUGUCUCAAACAGAAAAUUCAUUGCAGGCUGAGGGAUUUUACUCAAAAUAAUAGAUUUCUGUCUGUUAGUCGUAGCGGAAGGGACUUAGCAACUUUCCACUAAUUGAUAAAUGUUAAAAUAGCUGGUUUAGGGGAGAUCAGAAUAGUAAUAAUUAGGAGUUACGUGCUUUAUAUAAAGUAUCUGUAACCGUCACAAGAGCUCCGCAAGAUAGAGCUCAGUGCCACACUUGUGUUUUACAGAUGAGGAAACAUCCAGAGGGAUAACAUGGCUGAUAACUGUCACAGCUACGUUUGUAUCCUCAAUCUUUAUAGAACCUCUCUGGUGGUAUGAAUAACCCCAGAGAUUUUGUGAAUAUUUGAGUAACUAUCUCCGGAGUUAGUGGCAUAUUUGUUAGUAGGGCUGCUCCCUUUUAUUUUACCCCGUGGGACCGAUCUAAUGCUAACUAAGCUUUUUCUACGAUAGUAAAGCAGUGGCAAAAAGAAACCAGGUGGAAUCUGUAUACUACGUCGUUUUCUUAAUGUUUCUUAAUGUUCUCAGGAAAGCUACAUGGUUAAAGUGAGCAAACAAUGGCCAGUAAUCACAAACCUUCAGGAGCUCGCCCUGUUUCACGAGGUGGGAUUGGGUUGACAGGAAGGCCUCCUUCUGGAAUUAGACCCCCAUCAGGAAAUAUUCGAAUGGCAACUGGAAUGCCACCUGGAACAGCAAGACCAGGUUCUCGUGGUGGUCCCAUAGGAACAGGAGUUCUGUCUUCUCAAAUCAAAGUUGCCGAUCGUCCUGUAACACAGCAAGGUUUGAGUGGAAUGAAAACUGGGAUGAAAGGUCCCCAGAGGCAAAUUUUAGACAAAUCUUAUUAUCUUGGGCUUCUUCGAAGUAAAAUAAGUGAGCUUACAACAGAAAUUAAUAAACUUCAGAAAGAAAUAGAAAUGUACAAUCAAGAGAAUUCAGUAUAUUUGUCAUAUGAAAAGAGAGCUGAAACUUUAGCUGUUGAAAUCAAAGAGUUUCAAGGACAACUAGCAGACUACAACAUGUUGGUGGAUAAACUUAAUACUAAUACUGAAAUGGAAGAAGUAGUGAAUGAUUACAACAUGCUUAAAGCUCAAAAUGAUCGAGAAACACAAAGUAUGGAUGUUAUAUUUACUGAAAGACAAGCGAAGGAAAAACAAAUUAGAAGUGUAGAAGAAGAAAUUGAACAGGAAAAACAAGCAGCAGAGGGCAUUAUAAAAAAUAUGUCUCCUGAAAAACAAGUCAAGUACAUAGAAAUGAAAACCACAAAUGAGAAAUUGUUGCAGGAAUUAGAUACACUUCAACAACAACUAGAUUCAUUGAAUAUGAAAAAAGAGAGUUUGGAAUCUGAAAUAGCACACUCUCAGGUAAAACAGGAGGCUGUAUUGCUUCAUGAAAAACUUUAUGAGUUGGAGUCCCAUAGAGAUCAACUGAUUGCAGAAGACAAAAGCAUGGGAUCUCCAAUGGAAGAGAGAGAGAGAUUACUUAAGCAGGUUAAAGAAGAUAAUCAGGAAAUAGCCAGCAUGGAGCGACAGUUAACAGAUAUAAAAGAAAAAAUAAAUCAAUUUAAUGAAGAAAUUAGACAACUUGACAUGGAUUUAGAAGAACACCAAGGUGAAAUGAAUCAGAAGUACAAGGAGCUGAAAAAAAGGGAGGAAAGUAUGGACAAUUUUAUUGAGACUUUUGAGGAAACUAAGAAUCAGGAAGUGGAAAGGAAGGCACAGAUAGAAGCCAACAUUGUUGCACUUUUGGAGCACAGUAGUAGAAAUAUAAAUCGAAUGAAACAGAUAUCCUCUAUCACCAAUCAAGAGCUGAAGAUGAUGCAGGAUGAUCUCAAUUUUAAAUCUACUGAAAUGCAGAAAUCACAAAGUACAGCUAGGAAUCUGACUUCAGAUAGUCAGCGUCUACAGUUGGAUCUACAGAAAAUGGAGCUUCUGGAAAGUAAAAUGACUGAGGAACAACAUUCUCUAAAAAGCAAAAUUAAGCAAAUGACAACUGAUCUGGAGACAUAUAAUGAUUUGUCAACUUUAAAAUCAUCAGCUGAAGAAAAGAAAAAGAAAUUGCAUCAGGAGAGAACAGUAUUAUCAACCCGUAGAAAUACCUUUAAAAAAAUAAUGGAGAAACUAAACGUGCAAUGUGAGACACUGAAAACACAGUUGCAAGAAAAUGAGACACAUUCUCAGCUUACAAAUCUGGAGAGGAAGUGGCAACACCAUGAGCAAAAUAAUUUUGUGAUGAAAGAAUUCAUAGCAACCAAGAGUCAAGAGAGUGAUUACCAGCUAAUUAUGAAGAAUGUGACCAAGCAGAUUGCAGAGUACAAUAAAACCAUUGUGGAUGCUCUACAUAGCAUGAGCAGAAACUGAGUGUGAACCAACUGCAAGUCUCUACAGAAACAUCUUCCUGCUAUUAAACUUUGUACAAGCUGACAAAAAAAAAAAAAAUUUAGCUUACCCUUGAAGAGUUUUACCUAAAAUUUUUGAAUGCUAUACUUUUUGUGACCUCUUUGAAGAGUGAUAUUUUACAUAGUAUGAUAGUUCAAUAAAUAGUUCACAUAUAGAAGAGUAUUAUCUCCUUUUAUAUUGGUAUUUGUUUUGUGUCUUGUGUUUUAAAUGGCUCAAAGAACCAGAAGAUAGACAAACUAAAAAUGGCCAUUGUUGUUCAUUUAGUUGGUAUAAUCCAUCUAUGGCAGCAAAUGAAAUCAUUUUUUCAUGUGUCAACUCUAGGAGGCAUGCAUCGAGCGUGAUUCUGAUUUAGCACUUACAUCAAACUUGCCAGGUUUUUGCUUCUAGAAAAAGAUCGUAGGAAUAGAAGGGAGAUGUUUAGUUUUGAGCUUUACUUCUCACCUAGGUAUAUUGAAUGUGUUUCAAGGCAUAUAAAGUCACAGAUAAAUAUACAACACAUUUUUCAUGUAUCAGUUAUUUCUAAAGAUUUGGAAUGAAAACCUUUCAAUUUUGUGUUUUUAAAAUACUUCCUCAUAUGUAUAUGCUAGGAAAAACAUGAAGUUUAAGAGAAAUGCUGCACUUAGGGUGGGCUCUUUGGACUAUGUCUGCUGCUGUUCAUUUCCACCCUGGAGUAUGCAUUCACUCUUUUGUACUGUAAGACUUCAGUAGAUUAAUUUAUAAGCUAUUGCCACAACAUCUGAAAGGAAAAGGUAGAAGAGGUAGAAUUUUGUCACAUGAAUCUGGGAGACAUUUGGUAACUAAAGGUGUAUCCUCUCUUUUGGGCAAGUAUGAGUCAGCUUGGCCAGCAUAAAAUAUUCUUUAAAGCCAUCCUUGUUUUGCUUCUAUCUCAUCAUGUUCAUCAAGUUAUUCUACUGCUCAGUAUUCCUGAAACACAAGCAUAUUAGUUUCUUUUUAAAAAGGCUUUAUUGAGAUACAAAUAAGUACGAUAAAAGUACCCAUGCUUGUUGCUUUAUUAAAAUAAAUAUUUAUCUCUGAAUUA